AUGCACUCGUUACUUUUCCUCACUGCUUGUCUUAGUUUGUUCUCUUGUGUGUGCACGAGCCCAAUUACUUAUGAGAAUGUUCGGGGAACACCUUACAAAGUUUCAUAUGAUAAUCGCGCGAUCACCAUUAAUGGCGCUCGGACAAUGCUCAUAGCUGGUGCUAUCCAUUAUCCUCGUUCGACACCAGGCAUGUGGCCUUAUAUCAUGAAAAUGGCUAAAAAUCAAGGUUUAAACACUGUUCAAACCUAUGUAUUUUGGAACAUUCAUGAACAAAAACCUGGUGUACUUGACUUCAGUGGCCGAGCUAAUUUAAGUAAGUUUCUACAAGAUGCUGCCGAUGCUGGUCUAUUUGUUAACUUACGUAUUGGUCCUUAUGUCUGUGCUGAGUGGAAUAAUGGGGGUUUACCGGCCUGGCUCAAUCAAGUACCCAAUAUUUCAUUUCGAUCACAUAACGAAGCAUGGGAGUCGGCUAUGCGUAAAUUUGUCCUGAGUAUCAUCGACUAUGUCAAUCCAUAUCUCGCCAAAAAUGGUGGUCCUAUUAUUCUUGCUCAAAUCGAAAACGAAUAUGGCGGUGAUGAUCAAGAAUAUGUGAACUGGUGUGGUAGUUUAGUAACAAAUGAACUUUCUUCGACUCAGAUUCCAUGGAUUAUGUGUAAUGGUCAUGCUGCUAAUUCAACGAUUGAAACUUGUAAUUCGUGCAACUGUUUGGAUGAUGGCUGGAUUGAUCGUCAUCGACAUGAUUUUCCUGAUAAACCAAUGUUAUUCACUGAAAAUGAAGGCUGGUUUCAACCAUGGGGAGAAGCUGUUGCCAUCCGCACAACAACUGAUGUGGCUUAUUCUGUUGCUGAAUGGUUUGCUGGAGGUGGUUCUUACCAUUCAUAUUACAUGUGGCAUGGUGGUAAUAACUAUGGACGAACAGCAGGUUCAGGUAUUACAACAAUGUAUGCUGACGAUGUUUUACUUCAUGCAGAUGGUACACCCAACGAACCAAAAUACACACAGCUGAGUCGUCUUCAACAUUUAAUUGCUGAUCAUGCGGAAGUUUUACUACGAGAUUAUUCAAGUCGUACACCGCUACCAUAUUGGGAUGGAGCUAAAUGGUCAACGGGUACUCAACAGUUUGUUUAUUCCUAUAGUUCAGCACUUCAUUUCGUUGGCAAUCAAUUUGAUAAUCCCUUAAGCGUACUUUUUCGUAAUCAAAAUAUUUCGAUGGCAGCCCAAUCAGUUCGCAUAUUCGAUAAUGACUUAAAUCUUCUAUGGGAUAGUGCAAAUACCAGUGGUAUUGCCAGCGAUAAUACCGAAUUUUUUCCUGUUGUCAUUGGUCCACUCUCAUGGAAAACGUGGUCAGAACCAGCUGAAUCAAAUUUACCAGUUCUUACCUCACCGAAUCCCAUUGAACAGUUAAAAAUCACUAAUGAUGAAACCAUCUAUCUCUGGUAUCGUCGUAAUAUCACAUUAACGCCAUUACAAGCACAGGCGAAUACAAUUAUCAAAUUCGAUACACGAAAAUCUAAUGCACUAUUAUUCUUUCUAAAUGGAGAAUUUCUCGGUGAAUUUGAUAAUCACGAUCAUAAUCAAGGAGGUCUGACCGCAACGAUUGCUGUAGAUCUUUCCACAUUCAAACCAAAUCAACAAUAUUUAUUUGAAAUCCUCUCUGUCUCACUCGGAUUAGACAAUGGUGUUUGGGAGAAUAAUUUCGAAUAUAAAGGCAUCGUUGGUAAUGUCUGGCUUGGUGGACAGUCGUUAAUAAACGAUACGAACAAUCCUUGGGAGCAUCAAAAAGGUCUCGUUGGCGAAUAUUUUCAAAUUUAUACCGAACAAGGCUCAUCGAAAGUCGACUGGAGCACUCAAUGGACGAAAGGUAUCGAUAAGCCAAUUACUUGGUUCCAAGCUAGAUUUGAUCUUGACCAUAUUGUCAGAGAAGACACAAACGCCAAUCCUGUCUUACUGGAUGCUCAAGGUCUCAAUCGUGGUCAUGCAUUUAUCAAUGGUAAUGAUCUUGGUCUUUACUGGUUGAUUCAAGGUGUAUGCCAAGAUAAAACACCUUGCUGUUGUCAACAUGCACAAAUCAAUUGUAUGCAACCGACACAACGAUACUACCACAUUCCAUCGGACUGGUUAAUGCCGAAAAAUAAUCUGAUUACAAUUUUCGAUGAUUUAGGUGCACAUUCGCCGGGUUCAGUUGGUCUCGUCCAACGGGUUGUAUUACCUUAG